AUGGAGAAACUACAAGCAAUCAAGAAGGCACAAAGGAGAAAAGUAAUUAGCAGAGAUACUCAGGAGGUGAUAAGAAAAGCAAGGGAACUAGUGACAACAGAUAAAAGAAAUCUGGAAAGACAUUGGGAGAAAGAGAAGCAGGUCACUGAUGAUUGCGUUAUUUCCCCCCUCAACACAUCUCUGCCUGACCAUGGAAAACCCCAGCUCUCCAUCGCAUCCAGUUUUACGACUACUGGGCGCAACCGUCUAAUAAACGUUGAGGGUGAUGAUGUAGAAUGGAAUAAUGUGGAGGUGGGUGUAGAGGUCGGGUCAGCUGAUGGUUUGUUUACUCCGAGGAUGCAAAUGGCCGACUGUUGGGUGGGAGGCGGCGCUCUGGCGGCCGCUCCCGCAACUACUGCACAGCAUGACACCCAAACCUAUCUCCACUCGUCUUACAUAUUGAAAGAAGUACAAUACCAGUACAGGAAAUAAAACAGUAUGGAUUAUCCACAAGGUAUGUUAUUGAGGAAUAUACAGGGUGUCAGCAAACUUUUUUCCCAAUUUUAAAAUUUGUUUACAACAGAUUGGUAAGAUAUGAAAAUGCAGGAAUCUCCAAAUGAUAGCUUAAAUAAUAAACUAUACACAGAGUCAUGGUUGUCUAAUCAAUGCAUUCUCACAUUGUGCAGCUCUAGUGGUCAGUAAAAUACCUGGUAGACACUCCAGGUCAUUCAGUUCUUGUCCAGUAUAUCCAGUGUGACUUCUGUGAUAGACAUCAUUUAUUCAAACUUGGAGUGUUUUCCUUCACAAACGCAUAGAAGAAGUCUAUAUGUGUGAUAUUAGGAAAGUGUUGGGGUUUUCAUGCCGAGUCCCUCUGUCAUGGAACUUAAGAUUAUGGAAAUUGUUCUUCUGUAUAUGCAGAUAAUUGCAUUUCUUAUCUUUUGCUGCAUUGUAAUAAAUUUUUGUAAUUGAAAAAAAAAAAAAAAGAUUUUGCAGAAAC